GCCGGGGGUCCCGCACGGCCGCGGCCCCCCGGGGUCCCUACCGGUGGCGGUGCCGCCGGCGGGCGCGGAGCCACCAGGAACUGCCCCGGGUUUUCCUGCUUCUCCCGGCGCGGGGCCGGGGCCGGGCCGGGCGCGGCGGGGCGCAGCCCGGGGACCCCGGCCCGGUAUCGGUUCUGCUUUCGGGGGAGGCGGCGAUUUCGCAGUAACGGGGGGCGGGUGCCACCUGCCCCGGGGAUUCCCCACCUGCCGCCGGCCCAUAAGAGCCCGGUGGCGGCGCCGGUGGCGGCACCCGCUCGCCAUGGCCCCGCGCCUCUGCCUCUGCCUCCUGGCGCUGCUGCUGCCGGCGCCCGUCCCGGCGCCCGUCCCGGCCCCGCGGCCCCUCCGCACCGACUGGGCCGCCUGCAGGACCCUCUCCCGGGAGCUGUCGCGGCUCCUGGGGGCCCUCGAGGCGCCGCACCCCGUCCUGCCCCGCUGCCAGGAGGAGGUGUGGCUGGACGAGGAGGCCCCCGAGGAGGACUGGCCCCCCCGGAUCCGCUGCAGCGAUGCCUGCGACCCCUCCACGCUGGACACCAACAACACGCGGUGCCUGUGGCGGAUCCUGCAAGGGCUGCAGCACUACCGGGACCUGCUGGACUCGGACAUCUUCACCGCCCGUCGCCUGCCCCAGCUGGAGACCACCCUGGACAAGCUGCUGGGCCUCGUCCAGCAGGAGCACGGCCGCCCCCCCCGGCGCCCCCCGACCCCCAGCGCCGUCUGGGCCCAGACGCUGCUGCAGCACCAGGCGCUCGAGCGGCUCCAGUCCUUCACCGCCGUCAUGAGCCGCGUCUUCACCCACAGCGCCAGCACCCCCUGAGGCCGCCCGCCGGCCCCCGCCCUCUAUUUAUUCCCCCUCCGCCCCAGGGGCUAUUUAUGCGCCACGCUGCCUAUUUAUCUCACGUAUUUAUGGAUUUCUAAUAAAGGUCU